AUGACAUGCGGAAAUUCAUUUAAAAAUCCAGAAGAAAUUUCUCCAGUGUUGUGCAUGUCAUCCCAAAAAAUAAUAAGUACUCGUGAAUUGGAGAAAAUUUCCGGCAAGGUAUGUUCAACAGCUGAGACAAUUCUACAUAAUUGUACAUCGCAUUUGUAUCCAGCAAGUGAUAAAAUUUAUACAGUCACGGUCGUACUCUAUUUCUGCAGAGAAGUAAUAAGCGCCGCCUUGAAGCUGGGAUAUUUUUUCUACGCAGACGCGGAUAUUGUUUCGCUUAUAUAG